CCGGAUGUAUCAAGGGAUGGCGUCUUGUGAUAGUUUCCUUGUUGAUGAUUUGGCUACGUUGGCCGAGCUGACUGAGAAAUCUCUGUUAGAGCAUCUCAAACGCCGCUAUGGCGAAGGAAUAAUCUACACGUACGUCGGAGACAUUCUCGUCGCAGUGAAUCCGUUCAAGUACCUUCGUCUCUACACUGACGAGGUCCAUGAUCAGUAUCGCAGUGUGCAGCAUCGUGUAUUUGUUCGACCACACGUCUACGCGUUGGUCGACUCGGCAUAUCAAGCACUAAGACGUAACGGGCAGAGUCAGUGUUGUGUCGUCAGUGGAGAGUCGGGAGCCGGAAAGACGGAGACAGCAAAGUUCUUUGUGCAGCAUCUACUAAAACUGUGUCGUUCCAAACAGCCUGCACUGCAGUAUCAAAUAGUUGAAUCGAGUCCGUUGUUGGAGGCGUUUGGAAAUGCAAAAACGAUUGCAAACGAUAAUUCAAGUCGAUUUGGAAAAUAUCUGGAAAUUUACUUUACCACGGAUGGUGUAGUCACGGGAGCGAUUCUGAGUGAAUACUUGUUAGAGAAAUCAAGGGUUGUUCACCAUGGUAAAGGCGAGCAGAACUUCCAUGUUUUCUACUACAUCUUUGCAGGUCUCUCUCAAUCUGAGUUGGCUGCAUUUGGUCUGUCAACAUAUGACCAACACAGAUACUUAGCAGGGAGUGGUAGAGAUGUGAUGACGAAGGAAGAACAGCGGGAAUAUCAAACUAAAUUUGAAGUACUGAAGAAGUGUAUGGGUGUUGUUGGGUUUUCAUCUCAGGAUACUCUCGAUAUGCUGACAUUGAUUGCAUCCAUAUUACACACGGGUGACAUCGAGUUUGAAUGUGGACCAGAUGAUGUGGCAAAGACAGUGAAUAGAGAAAAGCUGGCAAGAGCUGCUGAGCUGAUGGGAUUGGAAUCGGAUCAUUUGGAGCAAAUCCUGGUUUCCUCCAUUACAAUCACCAGGGGGGAAACCAUAACAAGCUUUAACUCGGUAGAGAAGGCAUGUGACUGUAGGGAUGCAACAGCUAAGGCAUUGUAUGGACGACUGUUUCACUGGAUUGUAACACAAGUAAAUUAUCUUCUUCAUCCAGAACCGAUCAGCAGCUCGGAGCGAACUGCUACCAUCAGCAUUCUCGACAUAUUCGGCUUUGAGAACUUCGAAAGGAACAGUUUUGAACAGCUGUGCAUCAAUGUGGCAAACGAGCAGCUCCAAUACUAUUUCAACCAACACAUUUUCGCGUGGGAACAAGAAGAGUAUAGAAAGGAGGGUAUUGAUAUCAAGUCUAUUACAUUUGUUGACAACAAGCCUCUCGUAGACUUGUUCUUACAGCGACCGGUUGGCUUGUUCCAUCUGUUGGACGAAGAAAGCCGCUUUCCCAGAGCUACAGACAAGACAUUAGUCGAGAAGUUGAACAAACAAUUAGGAGGUUUAGUUGAGAUGUAUGUUGCUAUGAAAGGAGGAGAUCAAAGAUUUGGCAUAAUUCAUUAUGCGGGUCAGGUUGUAUAUGUUGCUGAUCGAUUUCUCGAGAAGAAUCGAGACACACUGAGUGACAACAUAUUUACCAGCCUUCAACACAGUCGUAUGCCACUUGUGAGUGAGAUCUUCUCUUCUAUGCACUUAUCUAAUUCACGACGGUUUAACACCUCGGCCACUUUUGGUUCGAGGAAUCAAAGACUCACAAGGAAACAAAGUAUUCGUCAGUCAACAAGGAAGAAAAGCUUGCAACGCCAGAAUUCAAGGUUGUUGAAACCGUCAGCACUGUCAAGCAAGCAGUCGGACGCGUUAGGUCUUCUUCCCGGUCGGUCGCGUAUAGAGCGAAGAGGCUCAUCUCGAAGAAGUAGAAAAGAUAUUCAUGCAUCGGCACCCCAGCCUGCUAAAAGAGUAAAGGCUGCACUGACUGUUGGAGCUCACUUCAGGGCAUCUUUGAGUGUACUGAUGGAGAAAAUGCUUAAUGUGACACCACAGUUUGUCAGGUGUAUAAAACCAAAUUCCGGGAAGCAGCCGAUGAAAUUCGACGAGCAAUUUGUUCUAAAACAACUGAGAUACACGGGACUUUUGGAGACGACUCGUAUUCGGAGACAAGGAUACCCUUCUCGGCUUACUUUUGCUGAAUUUCUACAAAGAUACGGUUUUAUUGCUUUUCCAUCAACUGCUGCUUUAAAGAAGGAUGCAAAGGAAUGUAGUUAUGUUCUUCAAUCAGCUGGCGUGGACGAUUGGCGUGUUGGAAGAACCAAGGUCUUUCUGAGAUAUUAUCAUUCGGAUAUGUUGUAUGAAGCAUUGGAAACUAAGACAAGGAAGGUGAAAAUUGUGCAGAAAAUGGUUCGAGGCUGGUUAUCUCGAAGACAGGUUAACCAAUUAAAAGCGAAAACCAAACGAGAUGCUUUCACUCUGGAAACCUUCCUACAUUUGAUACCGAGUCCUUGUCAAGCUGUUUUUGAUCGUUGUUUGAAACUCAUGGAAAACGAUACAGCGAGAGUAUUACGAAAUAGGGAGGCUAAACGUAUAGCCCAUGAACGAGAACAACAAGAGUUACAGCGAUUAGAUCGUGAGAAGGAGUUGGCUGAGAAGGAGGCACUAAACCGUUUGCAUGCUCAAGCAGCUCACGAAGCUGCUCAAGCUGCUCUCCGACUUCGACAAGCUCAGGAAAGGAAAAUGUUGGAGGAGAAACGGAGACGUGUGGAAGAGGAGGAGAAGCUGAGGGAGGAAGAGGGAAGACGACGUGCAGCAGCUGCGGAGGUGGCUCGUAUGGCCGCGAUGGAGAGAAGCGACUCGACGGUGUGGUGUCGUAUUGUGUGCAUGGAACGAGAUAAACAACUUAGCGAUUACCAGGUUUCACAAAACUCUAUUGUCGUCGAUGGCUCGACUGGAUCGUUUGACCCGAAUCGAAUCGGCUUUAAUUCACUGAAGUCGACAACGAGAAGAGACAGCAAAGUGUCAAAGUUUCGACAACUGAUUGGAAAGGGCGUCGAGCUUACCCGCGAUGCUGAGGGAAGUGUGUGGGUUGUUCGUCGCAGCAAGCAUCCCAUGUUCAUCAAGGGCUGGUCGGACAGCAAUCAUUGCAUGGCGAGCGAAAUCGCUGACAACCACGGCCUAUUGCAUAGACACACACCAACUGUGGUGUUUGAUUUUCCGAGAUUUGAGCAGUGGCUGGAUGUUGAGUGUUCGAUGAGUGCGUAUCAGAAUCAGCGACGGAUCAUGCACAUGUGCAAGAUCGGUAUAAGUUUUGUAAAAGACUACCAGCAGGCUGUUGACACACCAUGCUGGUUAGAAAUCAUCUUUGAAAAUGCCCUAGCCCAAGCUAAACGACGGGGCAGACAGAGUCAGUCGAGUCUGCACUCUGCCGGUUCUCAGUCUCCUGAUAUUGCAAGUGCACUCCAAGCCAUUAGUUUCCGCUACAGCACACUUGGUAAACAAGGCAGCAAAAUGCCCGCGUCUCGUCAACCUCCAGUUAACCUUCAUCGCGUACUAUCCCCAGAGUCAUCCGAUCUUUCAACGUCUGGUUCAUUCUCGGGGGACCCAGAAGACUUCUCGGUUGAAAUGCCAAGGAAGGAGUGGGCAAAGAAGGUUUACCAGCCUGAUCGUUAUGUCCUUGCUGCCGAACCAUUUUCUCGCCCUGGAGCAGCAGCGGCUAUGCAACCAGAUGGAGAGCGUGAGGUUGUUGUGCCUCAUCGUCGGCCAUCUGAACGAUCGCGAGCGAGAAAAGCGAAGGCAAAGAGGAUUGUCAAGUAUGCUCUAGGCCUUCACUGACUACCACACACAUGCAGUGAUCGAUUGAGCUAAUCCUGCUUUCACGAGUUUCAUU